AUGGCCGACGUUAUCAUGCUUUCCGGGCUGGCUGUAAGUGACGCGAAGUUGCGGACUCUGCUGCUGCUGUCAAUACCGAAUGCUGACGUGAUGAGAGCCUACUUUGCUCCCAACGAUGAGAGCGAAAUGGACCGACUUGACUUCAAUCAUAUGCUGGUGCUCAAAACCUUGGGAAAAAAGCUUUUCCUGGCCCCUGUUCCGAAAGAGAAGACCCAUCGCAUUCUUGACAUUGGAACCGGUACAGGUAUCUGGGCCAUCGAGGCAUCGGAUUUGUUCCCCAACGCAGAGGUCAUCGGCAAUGACUUGAGCGCUAUCCAGCCCGAAUGGGUGCCGCCCAAUGUCAAAUUUGAGGUCGAUGACGUGGAAAGCGAAUGGGUCCACAACGAGAAGUUUGACUUCACCUUCUGUCGGUACAUGGCAGCAUCUAUCUCGGAUUGGCCGAAGCUCAUGUCGAGAAUCUACGAAAACACAAACCCUGGCGGAUGGGUAGAAUUUCAAGACUACGAUCUCUUGUACAGAUCAGACGACGGCUCGCUGACUGACGAUCAUCACACUUCGAAGUGGACCAAGGACUUCCUUGAUGGCUUCAAAUCAAUUGGACGAGAACCUUGCCCGGGUCCCAAACUGGAGGGCUGGGCUGAAGAAGCUGGGUUUACUAACAUCAAACAUCAGGUGUUCAAGUUGCCCAUUGGUCCUUGGCCAAAGGAUCCCUACUAUAAGGACGUAGGAAUGACCAAUAUGAUCAUGCUCCUCGAUGGCUUGGAGGGUUUUACACUGCGAAUGUUCUGCAGUGUUCUCGGGUGGACAAAGGAAGAGGUUCAAGUCUUGUUGAUGUUGGUCCGCAAAGAGCUCAAGGCUCCGGCAUUCCAUGCCUACUACAACCUUCAUGUAGUCUACGCACAAAAGCCCGAGACCAAAGAUAAUGAGUAA